AAACCACCAAGUCCACAUUUACAUUUGUUGGAGUCAACUCAACACCACGUGUCAUUGUAUAUUAUCCAAACAAGCACGUAUAAGUUCGUGACAAGUUGAGUAAAUAGAAUCAGUAAACAGAAACAAACCCAUUCAAACUUCGAGUGCACCAUUUCCAAUAAACAUAUGUAUGUUGAGACAUGAAAACAAUAUUUUUAAAAAGCUAUUUCAAACAUCUAGUAAUUAAGACAUUGUCGCAUUUUAGGUUUACAAGUAUACGCAUAUAUGGAUUCAGCACCUAAGAUCAUCUAUAUAUUGAGAGCUAUAUCUCAUAAGUUUAUUACCUCUCCAUCAAAAUCUAAUUGAAGAAACAAUACAAUUGUUUUAAGUUAAAAUAUAUGGCCAUGAAGAAUCUCUCAUUUCUUGCAGUCCUAUCUCUCCUAGCCUUAACUCUUCCAUUAGCCAUUGCUUCUGACCCAAGCCCCCUUCAAGACUUCUGCGUCGGCGUCAACACCCCAUCAGAUGGUGUGUUUGUGAAUGGAAAGUUCUGCAAAGACCCAAAGCUCGUCACCGUGGAUGACUUCUUUAUGGCAGGGCUUCAAAAUGCAAGACCCGUAGCUAAUGUAGUCGGGUCGAAUGUCACAGCCGUUAAUGUUAACAACCUUCCAGGGUUAAACACCCUUGGAAUCUCACUUGUCCGCAUAGAUUAUGGAGUAAAUGGACAAAACCCACCUCACACCCACCCACGUGCUACCGAGAUCCUCUAUGUUGGACUUGGACAACUUCUUGUAGGAUUUGUCACAUCGAACGGAGAUGGAAACCGUAUGUUCACAAAAACACUCAACGAGGGUGAUGUAUUUGUGUUUCCAGAAGGACUAAUUCAUUUCCAAUUCAAUGUGGGACGUUUUCCUGCGGUUGCAUUCGCUGCUCUGAGCAGCCAAAACCCAGGUGUUGUCACUAUUGCCAACUCUGUGUUUGGGUCUAACCCUGCGAUUGACCCAAAUGUUCUUGCAAGAGCAUUUCAGUUGGAUCCAAAGGUGAUCAUGGAUCUACAGGCCAAAUUCUGAUCAUGAAAUGAAAAAUAUUGUGGCACUUAAAUUUUCUUCCAUCCUUUGUUUGAAUAAGGAUCAUGUAUUAUCUGUUCAUCAGUAUAACGUGACAUUGUGUUAAAUUUUUGUAUUUCCCUUUAAGACAUUUUCAGUGAAUUACAUGUCUCUUUUGGUCUUUCUUUUAUUCCGUCCAGAAUGUAUUAAUGCUCAGAAAAGUUAUUUUGGCAAAAAGACUAUUGUGCCUAAUUAAUUACAAAACGGAAUCAGAAUUGUGAGUAAUAGAGAAAAUGGCCAUAACUCUUCCACGAAAAGACAAAUUAGCCAAGUUCAUCUAUCACCUGCCAGAGGUGGACCCAUGUAGACCAAUGGGGUGCACCUGACACCCCUUAAAUUUCUAUAUCUUUUAUUUGUUUACUAAAGCCUAAGAGUGUUGGACAUAUAAUGACAACACAUGGUUGAAGUUCAAGAGAGGCAUAAGAACACCUUUACAUGGACGGCUAGGUGCUAAGCCUAAGAGUGUUGGAUUUGUGCAAACCAUUCUUGAAAAGGGGAACAUGGUUGUCACAUUUUGUUCUGGUGAAGCUCGUGUGCUGGCAAGUGAAGUUGUUAAGUUGAUUCCAUUGGACGGGGGUCAGCAUGUAAGACUCAGGAAAGAUGUUAGAGAGCCAAUCACGUGAUAGUUGUUAAGUUGAUUCCAUUAACCAAUUUACUUGACCAUAUGAGUUUCUUUGGGCUGGCCAAAUGCAUUGUUUAACAUUUCCUUGAGCUGAGAUGGUAUGACAGUGUUUUGGAGGCCUUUGUUAAUAAAAACAAAUACAAAGCAGAAGUUAAUCUUUGCCAAAAAAAAUAUUUGGAGAAGUAUCUUCACCAACAUAUGAUAUAAGUUAGAUUUAUUAAAACAGAGUGACAAAUUUCCUCGGCUUUCAAUUUAAAACCAAUUGGCAGUAAGUAGAACGACCCAAGUAUUUUAUAUAUUACUUAAGUCCCAUUCAUAUUUCUAAUGUUGGAUUUUAUCUCCAACACCCUCCCUCGAGAUAAUGGUGUAUAUAACCAUUAAUCUCGCAUAAUCCCUCAUAUCCUUUCCAAGACAAUACUUUUUUCUAGCAAUCUCGGCGGAACUUAACCUUCUAUGGGCCAUCAGCUAAUGGGAUGAUCAGGCCAUUUUUCGGGCCGGAUUAAUGGUUCAGUGUGUGGGCUCGCUCUGAUAACCUAGACUUUCAACUUAAAACCAAUUGGCAGUAAGUGGAGUGGCCUAAGUCUCUUAUAUAUUACUUACGUUCCUUUCAUAUUUCCGUUGUAGAAUUUUCUCUCCAACACCCUCCCUUGAGAUAAUGGUGCGUAUAACCAUUAAUCUCGCAUAAUCCAUUAUACCCCCUCCGAGAUAAUGCUUUAUUUUCUAGCAAUCUCGACGGAACUGAGCCUUCUAUGAACCAUCAGCUGACGAGAUGAUCAGGCCACUUUCUGGACCGGAUUAAUGGGUCAGGGUAUGGGCCUGUUCUGAUACCAUGACAAGUUUCAUGUGUUUUCAACUUAAAAUCAAUUGGAAGUAAGCAGAGUACCCCAACUCUUUUAUAUAUUAUUUAAGUCCAAUUCAUAUUUUCAAUGUGAGAUUUUAUCUCUAACACAGAGCAUAUUUAUUGAUAAUAUUACAGUAUGUCACAUGAUUAAGAGAUGAAGAAUUCUUCAUAGCAUAGACGAUGUAAAAUGAAGAUCAAAUUCGGACGUGGAAAAACUCUUACAAAGGCAGAAAAAGUGAUAUCAAUACUAUUAAAUUAGUAACAUGACCAAUUAAUGUAGAUUAAGGGUCUGACUGGUUCAAACGCAGCGGUUGCGGUUGCGGCUGCGGACGUUUGCGGAUGCGGGUGGUUGCGGUUUCUAGCGGUUUUAAGAGAUUUGUACGACUGGUUCUGCGGUUAGAAAUUGGUGCAUUUGCGGGAUACUUAUGACUGGUUAACUACCAAAUACAGCAGCGGUUAAAUAAUAAAUUAACAAUAUUUACAUUUUAUAUAAUUAUAAAAAUAUCA